GAAUGGGUGAGGGUGGAGGGGGGCAGGGUAUAAAAAAAGUGCAUGGCGGUAGCAGCAGGUGAUUGGGGUAUUUGUUGGCCUUUGUUUAUUUAUUUAUUCUAUGCUGGGUUUUCUUCAUAUUCCUCCUACUGAGUGAACGGACGAGAUCACACCAUGCCAACCAUGAAACUCACAGAUCUGCCUACAGAAGUUCUUGAGGAUAUCGUAGCUCGCCUUCCUUCUCUGAAACCCACUGCAGAGACAAGCAUUCUUUUGCGAAGGGUCUCAUUAUCUCCUCAUACCAAACGGGCCUGGAUCUACGACUGGUUCAUGGAAUACUAUGACGGCAAUUGGGAGUUUCUGUUGAACGAUGCAAUUGUAUGGGACAGACUCUCCGUUUGCUUUCGAGGGACCCAGGAAUAUGCUGGUGUAAACCGCUUGAUGGUCAAAGCGUGUAGAGAGUUCUCUACUACUGUGGUGCGCAAUGCCGAAGCUGUGGAGAUCCUGAGACAGGACGGAAUGUUGAGAUCCCUCUUGGGCGCUUGUCCUCCGUCCUUGACUGCGACUUGGCAUCCCGGCCAAAGAUCCUCCCAGAGAUGCAUCGAUGGAGAGUUGUAUUGGACUUCUGCAUUCUUUUUUGCCUGCUUUUAUGGCCUAUUUGAUGCUGCCUCAUUCUGCCUGGAAGUUUUGGAAGAGGUCUUGGAUGCCAAAUCACUUCAUGCAAUCCUCGAAGACGCCCUCGAAAAUGCCGCAAUGGGAGGCGCCCAACCCAUCGUCACACUUCUCCGGUCCAAACGCUACUGCAUACACUGGGAAACCGGGUUGGAUCGCGUCGUGGAAUGGUGCGCGGAUCUCCUAGAAAUUCUAGACGAUGCCUGUCUUUCUCAAAUGGAUCCACCGGACCUCUCAUCCCUCGAUUGCGUUCUCGACGCCUUCACAUCAAGCCCAACGGAAUGCGGCCUCCAUAUAUGGGAUUUCGUCCUUCAUGCUGGAAUUGGUAACAAGCGCAUCAUGGAGAAUUGUCUUGUCCGCGCCAACCAGAAAACCACUCCCGACCUUCUGGUUCAAACGCGUGCCUACUUGACAAACCAUCCUCCUCAGCCCAUGACCCCAACCUACCUCUCUGCACUUUCCAUCAUCCAGAGCCUGACAAACCAUUCUGCCGCGACAACAACGCUAGACACUCUCUCCACCGUUUCUGAACUACACUACAGGGAAACUCUAACACGACUCCUCCACAUGGCUCCAGCAACACCCUUUCUGCUUCAAUAUAUUAAAUACAUACCACAGAAAGAAAUUUUAGAUACAGUACUCUUGACAUGCAACGAAAACCUGCUCAUUCAUCACCUGACGGUAUCGACAUGGGAUAUGACGGCCCUGAGUCGUGCCCUCUUAACAGCCACGCUACACACUACGCCCUCCUACCCCCGGAACACUCCGUCCCAUAUUGCGUCCAUUCAAAAAGGAUUAGCCAUCUUCGAGAAACAUGGGGCGAUGAUUAAGGAUACCGGGCGCAUUGCGCUGGGAUAUGCUGCGGAAUUUGGGAACCUGUGGAUGGUCAAGUGGUUGCUUGAGCGGGGAGUCAGUGUGACUAAUGAGGCUUAUAGGAGAGCUGUCGGUGCUUUUGCGGAAGGGAAGAUUAAGUAUGAGGUGGUAGAAUUCUUGGGAUUAUUGGGUGUUUAGAACAUCUUAGAUUCUUCAUUUGUUAUGGUUAUUCUGUAGAACGGUUGGUUUUGGUCUAACCAAAAGGGUAUACCCCUAGAAAUACAAAAGAGAGAUUGCAACGAGCAUUCUUUUUUUAAUAUUGAAAAAGAUUCC